GUCAUGUGACACAGCUCUAACGCUCCAUUGGAUAACACCGCUAGGAAUCUCGAUCUAUUCUAAACAUUCGUCGAUGUGGUACAUUCACAAAAUGUGUGAGAUGUUUUAAGGUGAAAGACGGGAAUGUAACCGGGUGGCACGCCUAUAUACCCGCAUGGACACAAUGUUAUUUCACUGGAUUUUGUCUGACAGGGGAGACUUGGCGAGUAAGAGCCUUGCUGAUGGACAACACUAAAUGGCGGACCACGUUGUAUGUGUAUGUAUAUAUUUCGUGUCUACCUGUGUUGUGCCGAUAGGUACAAAUUACAGUACGGGGCUCAGUGAAGUGUGUCCAGUUGACAGAUAGGAGAAAACAGCAUGGAUAACUGGGCUACUAACACCGGUACGGGGACCACGGUGGGGUCUGACGGGGCCUUCGAAAGGUUCCUCACGGCUGCUAUAGCUACAAUCAUAACCAUCAUGUUUUCAUGGAGACUUUUAGUCGAAAACGGCGAUGAAAAUGGGGAUGUUAAUACAGCAUAUCCAACUCGUCAACAAAUGCUUGCAUUGCAGUGCGCUUCGGGUGGUGCACCGCCUGGUGACCCGGAACAACAAGGUGAUAGAGAUGGUAACAGACAUCAGGGCUCCCGUGGAGAACCCAUACCUGUCAGUAAUCAGAGAUCACAUUUAACCCCGGGUCACGAUGUUAUGGAAUGUAAACAUGAAAAUCAGGUACAUUCUUCACAGUUAACGUCCAGUGUACCCGUACAGUGUAGACCCCCUAUGGACGGGGGUGGCAUUAGAACAGUUGACACCCGUGGGGAGGAGGUGAGUGAUCCCGAGGGGGAAGAACAACCUGCAUGGGGUUACAAUAAUUGGGAGGAGGAUACCUAUUGGAACUUAAACACGCGACGAAAACCAAAAGACUUCAUGACGUCACAGGUGAGGACUAAAUCUGAGUCCUCAGACCAAAGUUAUACUGCAGGGUCAGAUAGCAGUGACCCGGACGGAGGGGGCCCCGCCCCGACGUCUGAGGGGGAGGAUGAUCAGUAUGUGAACCGGGAGUACCGCAGUAUCGUGGAUAAUGACAAUUACACUAACAUGAUGGGGGAUAGAAGUAGUGACAGUGAAACAAGUGAGAGUGAGGAGGGCGAGUAUGAACCUCCUAUGAUAGAUUCUGAUGACGACGAUGAGGCUAAUUAUUCUAAUUCAUUAGAACCUAUUAUAGAGGAGGAUUCAGACGAUAUGUAUGCCAGUGAGGACGAAACAAUUGAUGAAAAUGAUGAUGAUGAUGAUGAUGAUGAUGAUGAUGAUGAAGGUAAGAGAAACAGUAAAGAAAAUUCCAAUGUUGACGUGAAUACAUUUGUCGAACGCACUACAUAUGAUAGGACAUUACAAAGUGACAUAUCACUCGAUGUUAAAGAUGGUGAUGACAAUGAAAACAUUAACGUCAGGCGAAGUAAUGAAGACGAUAAGGAUGAAAUUCGGAAAAGAACCUGUACGUCUGUAGAGGAAACGGAUGUUAACUCGCCUGUAUGUGUCAGAGAAGCGGAGUUGAAUCGUCGUGAUCCAUCAUCUCCCGCGGAUAUACCUGUCGUACCUGGAGCAGACGACACCAGCUCAAACCACGUGGAUUUGUUUACAUCUCGGCGUGAAGGCCCGGGGCCCGCUAUUGUUAAUGUGAUUGAAGGGGAGAGGUCACAGGCUGGUGACACCGAACAUUGUAUGAAUGAAAGCCACAUUCCAAAGCCUGACAUUAAUAAAUAUCGCGGGGCAGAUUUAGAUUUAAACCCACCAGUAGACAACAGUAGUGUUCCCGAAUCGCCUGUACGCACGUGUGCAGUCGAGGAUUUAUUUGAUGGGUACGUCUCGGACGAGUCUUGUAGUAGUGCCUCAGUUGUGACUGUGGUUAGUGUAGAUGUCGAGGACGAUGAGGACAAUGACAUUAAUCAAAACAGAUCGACAGGUUAUUCGCUAACUGGACCUACAGUCCACGGGGAGACAUGCGAUUAUCCAGAGCAGCAACAUUCGAUAGGUAGACUAAGUGACGAUGAGGACAAUGCAUCAGACUCCGAGGAAUGUUUUGACGAGAAAUGUGUGGAAAAAAGUGAUUCAGUGAUACAUAUACCCCAGUUAGUGGAGUCAGAAUGGACAGAAAUCGAGACAAAUAACAAUUGUGAGCCGUCGGUAGGAUUAAAGGACGGCGUUAUUGAUAUCGCCUUCAUAGAGCGGGACAAUGGACAAAAAACUACAGAAUUCACUUACGGCGAUUUUAUUACUGACAUUAAAGUAACAAGUGAUGAAACAUUAUCACCUUCGGGUGAGGCACGCGAAACACCAAACACACUAAUUGCAGACAUUGUAGACCCUAUAACACAAGCACCUGUUGCACGAACAAGGGAAGCCGUAGAUCGUGACAAUAGUGAUCGGGUGGAUACGGGCCGUGUUUGUGGUAACCUCUCCGACGAGGAAAUGUUUGCUCUAUCCCAACUGGCCAGCAUCCCUGAAGAGGGCGAGGACCAUGUUGGGAAGGAUGAAGAUAUCGAACAAAAUGCUUGUAAACAUGAGACUGAUGAGAAAACUAGCGACACCGUCGACACAGCCCUGAUAGAACCAGAUUGUGAGAGACAGGUAGAAAAUGUCAACACCAACAUCCCUGAGAGGUGUAGUGUCAGCGUUAUCAGCUACGAAAAUGUUGAUGAGGAGGACGACGAGUUUACUGCCUCAUCUGAGGAAAAUAAUGAAAGUGUGCCUCGUUUUCAAAAUAUUUCGACAACUAUACAGGAUUACGUAAACAGCUCUGACGAUGACGUAGAACCACGUGAGUACAAUCCUUAUGAAGACGAUUUUGCCGAAUUUGAAUUCCACCAAGAUUCAGACGAGGAUUCUUUCUUCCUUGUGAUGGGUGAUCAAAGUCACCUUCGGAAACUGGACACGGUGACUAACCUGGACGCGCUUGGUCUGAACGCAUCUACUGAUGGGUACAACGUACAGCCAGGCGAAGAUGGUAAGUCGGUAGUGUUCUCAAAAACUGAAGAGGUGUACACCGACCACCAUGUUAGGUACUUUACAGAGGACAGAGUUCCGGGUACACCGGAAGCACUCAUCAAUAGUACGAUACAUGAACAGGACGAAGAUGCUCCGAAUGAGCAUGUGACUGAUAUCAGCAAUAUUCCAAACGGAGUUGUUGAAACAGUUGUACCGUGUGUUUUGAAUGGUGUGAAUGGUGUUGAUGGCGAUAAACCUCAUGCUUCCGAGGAGGACUUAUCAGAUAGAGACCCGAUACCAGGUACAAUUGAUCGGUCGGCGUGCAAUAGCUCAGACAAUCUGAUAACAGACAAUGAUCAGGAAAACAAUUCCCGCUUCAACAAUGAUUCAAAAAAUGAUUUAUUGUUUGAGCAUGACCAACUCGAGCAGUUAAGGGAUAUGAGCACAAGUUUAGAGAAUACACGUGAUACGUCAGACAAUGAUCGCACGAGUGACUCGCAUUCUGAUCUCAGCUCAGCUGAUAUGACAGGAAGUGGUGAUAUACGCAUGCGUAGUCUCCAAGAGUAUGUGAUUGAACAGAGUUCUCGGGAAAGUUUAAACGAAGCCUUGCAUAUUGACGAGGAACAAGACUCCGGGAUACAGUGCAAUAGUUUUUCCCCAAAUCAAAGCGGAUUGUCUCCGGACAAUAGACAGGUGAAUGUUAUAACAAGUGUCAAUUCACAAGAUAUAGAAUCUCAGAACGCGAUUGGUAGUUGUGAAGAUGUUUCUAACGUGGAAUUGUUUAUCAAUGAGAGUGAUUUGAAUAUCGACCACACGGAAGGAGUCCAUCAUCAAAAGGAGACUGUUAUAGAUGAUAUUCCAUCAUCAUAUCGUCAAAAGGAGACUGUUAUCGACGAUAAUUUAUCAUCCAACCCUCAAAAGGAAACUAUUAUCGAUGAUAUUUCGUCAUCAUGUCGUCAAAAGGAGACUGUUAUCGGCGAUAUUUUAUCAUCAAAUCCUCAAAAGGAGACUCUUAUCGACGAUAUUUCAUCAUCAAACCGUCAAAAGGAGACUGUUAUCGACGAUAUUUCAUCAUCAAACCGUCAAAAGGAGACUGUUAUCGACGAUUUUUCAUCAUCAAACCGUAAAAAGGAGACUCUUAUCGACGAUAUUUCAUCAUCAAACCGUAAAAAGGAGACUCUUAUCGACGAUAUUUCAUCAUCAAACCGUCAAAAGGAGACUCUUAUCGACGAUAUUUCAUCAUCAAACCGUCAAAAGGAGACUCUUAUCGACGAUAUGUUGACUGAAAAGACCUCAGUUAAAACUCCGAGGGAAACUGUUAUCGACGAUUCUUUCAGCUCAAUGCAUAUCAAUGAAACUAGUUUUAACGCCCCACGCCCACAAGGCGAAAGUAACGUGGAUGAUUGCUUACCAGCUUACCAUCAGAUUGAGACUGUCAUCGAUGAUGUGUCGCCUGAACUACCUGUAGACGUUUCCAGUUCAGAGAAGUCUCAUAUUUCGUCUACGAACUACAAGCAAGAAACAAACAUCGACGAUAUAUUCUUUUCAAAACAAUCUGACAUUGACGAUGUUUCACCACCACAAACAGCAAAAGUACUGUCUUUAGUGAAUCCAACGGAGGCGGGUACGCUAGGGGCUAGCAUCGCUAAGGCGGCAAAUCGUGAGACGGCAAUUGAUGAUUCCGUGAGAUCAGACAUGAUGAAGUCAAGUACGAUGGAUGACCUUGAGAGUGCAAUAACCCCGUGUAUAGAACAGUAUACCAAGUCAGUGAAUUCUCCUACAAAACUUGAACCGGAAGUUGAACGUGUUUCGUCUUCAUCGGAAAACUUAGGAACAAAUUCAAAUACAUCAAACAAAUACCAAAACAAUACAGAUGUACCAAAGUUUGGAUGGGUUGUUCGGACGUCUGUUGUCAAUCCUUCUGGUUUAAAAGGUAUAAAAGCAAAAAUCAGUAAACAACAGGAACGAUCACGCAUGCUCGUACCUGAACAGUACAAGUCUGUGCUCACUGAACCUGUUGUGAUUAACGCUAGUCCGCCAGUCAUACGGGUCCCUGAGCAAAAGCCGUUACCUAUUAUUCGCCAAAAGAUCAUAUCCUCUCGACACCGCUUUCUCAGUGCUGAUAACCUGACGGACACUGUAAGCGCACAGUUUGACCACUACAAAUCGUCCGUGUCUAAAACACCGACUAGACAGCGUAUUUAUACACGUCGGGAGACAACGCCAGCUCAAAAAACGCGCCGCAUCCUUAGCUUCGAGCGUGUAGAUACCGUCGGCGGUUCAUAUUCACUUCGGCACAAUAGUGACGACUCGUUUGAGAAACCUCCGUUCGAUAAACUACACAAAGACUGUAUUUUCUCCGCUCAUAAACACAAAGAAAUUAUAGAUACCACUGAAUCAAUAGACAAAUUGCAUGAACCUCUGCUUAGCUAUGGGUCUGUCUCGUCAUUGGUGGAAACUGAUAUUGACUCUGGUGAAACUUAUGAAACAUUUUUCGUGCAUGAAACUGACGUUGAUAUGUUUGGGUUUCAGCAUAUACCUUUACAAAGAACGGCAAGCAUGAGUGACAUGAUGACUUCAAGAAAUCAGGAAGAACAAAAGGCGAGGAAAGGUCGGUUUGCCGACCGAAAUAUGCCCAAGUCCAAAAGUCUUAUGACAUUGGAAACAAACAUUGACGAGGAAGUUGAAGGAGAUGGAAGCCUUAAGCGCGUACCCUCCAUACACGAGCUUCGCGUGGCUAAGUCUCUACAGAAACUUAAUAUCCCGGAUUGGUACAAAAAAUCUAGCGUCUCACGUAGUGGAAGCACGUAUAGUCUCUUUUCCUCUGAACGACGGGACUCUACGUCCACGCUGGACUCAAUAGGGUAUGCAAUGUCCACGACGUCAUGCCCUUGUCCCUCUUUAAGUCCAACUUCCGGUGCUGUCGUGAUAAAAACCAGAGUUACACCGUCGAGUGCAAAUAGGUUUCUUCGCGCACCCAAGCUCCCUGUUACGCCAGAAAAAUCCCCAUUGCCCCCAAUGAACUUCCGUUUACCUAGUGACAAAUUAAGGAACAAAGAUAAAUCUAAAGAACUCAUGCCGAUACCGGUCGUGCCUUUCUCACAACUUAGACUCAUGUUUGAAACAGGUAAAAAGAAAUCCCCUGUUAAAAAAACUCCUAGUAAAAGGUCUGAAAAAGUUACCCCUCUUCCGUCACCUGAUGUACCAGAACACCCUUCUACGUCACCAGUGACGUCAUCGGCUGCCCCGCCGCCAAUACUCAAGGUGACACAACCGGACCAACCGCCAACAAAUGGUACCACAAAUGGUAGGGAUGAAGAGAGCAGAGUGAAAAAUGGUCGCGUGCGAAUUAGUGAACCUGAGGUUACAAAUGUCAAGCCGGUUCCACCAGAAAAGCCAGCAUCGUUAUCCAAAAAGGAACCAACUUCGCCGCCGAAAAAGGGAUUUUUCUCUCAUUUUAAGAAACAGAAAAGCUCUUCUACAAAGUCGGCGCCGGUGUCACCGACUGCGGAGCCUGAGAAACUCAAACCGUCCAUCAAACCGCCAGUCCCCGCAAAACCCGUCAAAAGCAGAAAAGAGGAGGUUAACAGUUCGUCUGUCGAGACUACAGUAUAACCGUGCACAGUCCUGUGUUGAAAUGGAAACUUCUAUGUUACCACUAAAACGGUGCUUUGUGUGAGCGUGAGCUGCGAUGUGACUACACGUGACAGUGGCUGCUUGCGAAUAAAAAAACGAAGCGAAGAUCAACGUCAGAGCGAAGCUUGUCAAGCGAGUUAUUCCUGACAAGCAAGCGUUCUCGCCACGACGAUUCACCUUGGCGGAGACAUGCAUACAGCACUCUUGUAUCUUACGAGAAGUACCAAUACAUAUCACAUGCGAACAAAAACGCCUUUGUGAUUUUGGAAUUACGUCAUCCUCACGCCGAUCUAAUCAAGGAUAUAUAUUUAUAAUGGAAUGAGGAAUACUCAAGUAAACCGGAGGAAUAUUGCAAUUUGUUGUGUAACAUUUCGGACACGUGUUGGUGUUAUAUAGUUACGUUAUUCGGAGUGGAUUAUAUUGGCCGUGUUUUCGUACAAAUGUGAAAUAUGGAGUCAGUACUUAAAUGACGAUUUGUUCAUUCUUGAGUCAAGAUCAGUUGCGGUGCUGUUUCAUUAUUCUGCGGCUUGCUAACUUGGAUGUGUCAACAGAGGGUAAGACUUCGUCACGGUCGUCUCUUUUGUAUACCGUGGAGCGCUUUCUUUUGUCUUAGUAGGCUUGAAUUUCCCGCUCUGCCAUAGUUGACAUCCUUACGUCACAUCCGGGCCGUCUUGUUCUCCUCGUAGUUAGAUGUGGACACGCUGAUAUUGUGAGAUGAAUGAGACACGUUACGCAUGAUUUUACUAUUUAAGAAGAAAGAUAUUUGAUAAUAUUUAUAUUUAAUAUGGACCCUACGAUAAAUUAUACAAAAUUUUUAGUCUGAUAAAAGAUCAUUAUUGUAC